GUUGAAAGGUCGCGGUGGGAGGCUCGCAGAGGCCGGUGGUUUCCCUUUCCCCUCCUUCCCUCCCCCGUUUCCGGAGCUCCUGAGCUUCCAGGAAAGGAGAUGGAGCGGGAGUGAAACCGCCGCGGGACCGCCCGACCCCUUCCCUCCCCCCUUUCCCUGCCGCGGAGAAGCCCGGGCCUGGGGGAGGCCGGCAAGCCACUGAUUUCUUAUCCUGUCCAAGACUCGCUUAGUUGAUGCAGAAAAUAAAGAGGGCUCGACUGGAAAAAGAAAGUGCAGGAAGGUGGAGAAGUUCCUUGACCAGUUCAGGAGGAAGGCCAGCGAUGACGGCGGUGGACGCCCUGUCGGACGGCGCUGAAGCGGUGGAGAUGGAGGACACCUCCACUUCCCGCUUCCAGGUGGAGAAGCAUUCGUGGGAGGGGCUGCGUGAGAUCAUUCACGGCAGCCGGAAGUACACGGGGUUGAUCAUCAACAAGGCACCGCAUGACUUCCAGUUUGUCCGCAAGUUGGAAGAAUCAAGUCCUCACUCACACCGGCUGUACUACCUAGGAAUGCCCUAUGGGAGUAGGGAGAACUCCCUUCUCUACUCUGAGAUCCCCAAAAAGGUACGGAAGGAAGCCAUGCUGUUGUUGUCGUGGAAACAGAUGCUGGAUCACUUUCAGGCCACCCCUCACCAUGGGGUGUAUUCCAGGGAGGAAGAGCUGCUGAGGGAGCGCAAGAGGCUGGGCGUCUUCGGGAUCACGUCCUAUGACUUCCACCGUGGGAGCGGCCUCUUCCUUUUCCAGGCCAGCAACAGCCUCUUCCACUGUUGGGACGGCGGCAAAAAUGGCUUCAUGGUGUCCCCCAUGAAACCUCUGGAGAUCAAGACGAAUUGCUCGGGGCCCCGGAUGGAUCCCAAGAUCUGUCCUGCCGAUCCGUCAUUCUUCUCCUUCAUCAAUAACAAUGACCUGUGGGUGGCGAAUAUUGAGACGGGAGAAGAGCGGCGGCUGACAUUCUGCCAGAAAGGCUUAUCCAGCGUGCUGGAGGACCCCAAAUCGGCAGGUGUGGCCACGUUUGUCAUUCAGGAAGAAUUUGACCGGUUUACAGGGUACUGGUGGUGUCCCACGGCAUCCCAAGAAGGUGCUGAAGGCUGUAAAACGUUCCGGAUCCUGUACGAGGAGGUGGAUGAGUCAGAGGUAGAGGUCAUUCAUGUCCCUUCCCCUGCCCUGGAGGAACGGAAGACGGACUCGUACCGCUAUCCCAGGACUGGUAGCAAGAACCCCAAGAUCUCCAUAAAGCUAGCGGAGUUUCAGUCAGACAGCCAGGGAAAGAUUGUCUGUUCCCAGGACAAGGAGCUGGUGCACCCCUUUGCUACCAUGUUCCCAAGCGUGGAGUACAUUGCCCGGGCUGGGUGGACCCGGGAUGGUAAAUACGCCUGGACCAUGUUCCUAGACAGACCUCAGCAAAAACUGCAGCUCGUCCUUUUCCCUCCUGCCCUCUUCAUCCCAGUGCCGGAAAAUGAGGAGCAGCGCCGAGAAUUUGCCAAAGCCGUGCCGGAAGACGUCCACCCCUUCAUUAUCUAUGAAGAAGUCACUGACGUGUGGAUCAACGUCCAUGACAUCUUCUACCCUUUCAACCUCCCAGAGGGGGAAGAAGAGGAGCUGUGUUUCCUACAUGUCAAUGAAUGCAAAACGGGGUUUUGCCACCUGUAUCGGGUUACAGCCAUCCUCCAGCGGAAUAGCUAUGACUGGACGCAGCCAUACGUCCCCAGCAAAGGGGACUUCAGAUGCCCUCUCAAGGAGGAGGUUGCCCUCACAAGCGGAGACUGGGAAGUUCUGGCACGGCACGGAUACAAGAUUUGGGUGAACGAAGAAACGAAGCUUGUGUACUUCCACGGCACGAAGGACACCCCUCUGGAGCACCACCUCUACGUGGUCAGCUACGAGUCUCCCGGGGAGGUCGUGCGGCUCACCACACUGGGCUUUUCCCACAGCUGCUCCAUGAGCCAGAACUUUGACAUGUUCAUCAGCCACUACAGCAGCGUUAGCGCCCCUCCCUGCGUCCAUGUUUACAAGCUCAGUGGCUCCGAGGAAGACCCCCUCCACAAGCAGCCCAAAUUUUGGGCUAGCAUGAUGGAAGCAGCUAGCUGCCCUGCUGAUUACAUCCCGCCCGAGAUCUUUCAUUUCCGCACCCAGUCGGACGUCGAGUUGUAUGGGAUGGUAUACAAACCUCAUGACCUCCAACCAGGGAAGAAGCAUCCCACCGUACUCUUCGUCUAUGGAGGGCCUCAGGUCCAGCUGGUGAAUAACUCCUUCAAAGGCAUCAAGUACCUGCGCCUGAACACACUGGCCUCCCUCGGCUACGCCGUGGUGGUGAUAGAUGGCCGGGGGUCCUGCCAGAGAGGACUUAAGUUCGAGGGGGCCCUCAAGAACCAGAUGGGCCAGGUGGAGAUUGAGGACCAGGUGGAAGGGCUGCAUUACGUAGCGGAGAAGUACGGCUUCAUCGACCUGAGCCGCGUGGCCAUCCACGGCUGGUCCUACGGAGGGUUCCUCUCCCUCAUGGGCCUCAUCUGUAAGCCUCACAUCUUCAAGGUGGCCAUUGCUGGGGCCCCGGUCACUGUCUGGAUGGCGUAUGAUACUGGAUACACAGAGCGGUACAUGGAUGUUCCCGAAAACAACCAGCAAGGCUACGAAGCCGGCUCGGUGGCGCUGCACGUGGAGAAACUCCCCAACGAGCCCAAUCGCUUGCUGAUCCUCCAUGGAUUUCUGGAUGAAAAUGUGCACUUUUUCCACACCAAUUUCCUGAUCUCCCAGCUAAUCCGGGCCGGGAAACCUUAUCAGCUACAGAUUUACCCCAACGAGCGACACAGUAUUCGCUGCCCCGAGUCUGGGGAGCACUACGAAAUCACGCUGCUGCACUUUCUUCAAGAAUACCUCUGAGGGGCAGGGAGACCUUUGCCCGCCUGCCCGCUUGCAAACCAUUGUGGAUGCUGAUGGCUCCCCUGCCCACCGUUCUGCCUCCUCCCCCCCAGCAGACGUCAGACCCGGAGGGCCAGUGGCCUCAGCUGCGUGUCUCUCUCUCCCGCUCUCUCUCGUCGCCUUGGAUGGAUGAGGAGAAUGGAGGCGGAGCGGCGGAGCUCUCACCCUCGUGUCCCCAGCCCCUCUUAGGGUCCCCCUCAUCUCUCCCUUUCUCCCCAUAUUUUGCUGCUACUUUCUUUGUGCUGGGUAUGGGGGGCUCCUCCCUCCCUCCCUCCUGGCUGCAGUUCUCUGCACGUCUCCCUCUCCCCCCCUCUCCCCCUCCACAGCCCCACCGCACCACACGGGUCGGCCUUCGAGGCUGCGCAGUGCCUGGGCACGGGCUGCCAAGAUGCGCGGAGAGCGGGGCAGGAGCAAGCACGUGGGUGGGGGAGCCUCACUUGGGGGGCCCCGGCAGGCAUCUCGGUGCACUCCAGAACCAGGAACUAGGGGAGUGUCGCGUGGGCCGUGAGCCGCCAGGGGUUGGGUUCUCUGCCCGCACUGGCCCUGCCCUCUGGCAACGUCAGUUUGCAACCAGCCCGGCCCCGGCCCCAGCACAAACGGCAGGCGACCAGUGACUGUCUCUGGUUUUCUGUGUGGGCUUUUGGCGUUGCAAGGCUAUUUAUGCUUAUACCCUUCCCUCGCCACUCCCUUCUCUUCUCAGUACUGCGUUUUUUCUUUUUUCUUUUCUGCUUUUCCACUCUCUGAGCUUUUGGGGCGGCCCCGAAGCUUUCUCUCGGGUUGCUUCAGUUCUCUGCAGGUCAGUGACUGUGUUUCUAUGCCCGUGCUCCUCCAGCUCAUGUGUGCAUGUCUGUGCUCUUUCACAAACCUAAAGCAAUGUUCUCCCCCCUCCCGCGCUGAGGUGCUGGACCACAAACCCCAUUGUUCCAAAGCUCAGGAUGGUGGGGACUGUAGUGCAGUACCCCUGGAGACUCCCAGUUGGAGGAACAUGGUUUUAGGUUGCAUCCGCUCAGCAUGAACUGCAGUCUUUGGGGAGUGGAUCAGGCAGAGGCUGGGAUCCAUCACGUUUUGCUCCUCACAGGAAAAAUCUGCCUGCCUCUUCAUUUUCUUCUCCACUCCCCAUUGGUCCCUUUUCCGCCCCACUUCCUCACCUGGAGCGGGGUGAAAUUCAAAGCGAGAAGAAGCUUCAACUUGCCUAAAAUUGAUGGUGACAACAUGAACCACAAAUGACUCACCUGAGUAUCUUUAAGUGCGUAUUAUGAAAAGAAAAUAUUUUUAUGGAUUCUUAUUCUUUUAUAAUUAUGAGUGGUAAGAUGUAGUGACUCAUUAAAAUAUUGGAAACUGGGUGCCCUGCCA